GGCAGGAGGCGGGGCCCAGCCCGGUUAAGAAAAGCGUGGCAGCCAGGCCACUGCGGGCCCCAGGGAAAGUCGAGUGGCCCACGAGCCUGCGGACACCCACCGGGCGUCGGCGGAGGGAUCAGCGCCGGUGCGCGCGCGGAGACCAUGGCCCAGACACCCGCCUUCGACAAGCCCAAAGUAGAACUGCAUGUCCACCUAGAUGGAGCCAUCAAGCCUGAAACCAUCUUAUACUAUGGCAGGAGGAGAGGGAUCACCCUCCCAGCUAACACAGCAGAGGGGCUACAGAACAUCAUCGGCAUGGACAAGCCGCUCUCCCUCCCAGGCUUCCUGGCCAAGUUUGAGUACUACAUGCCAGCUAUCGCGGGCUGCCGGGAGGCUAUCAAAAGGAUUGCCUAUGAGUUUGUAGAGACAAAGGCCAAAGAGGGCGUGGUGUACGUGGAGGUGCGCUAUAGCCCGCACCUGCUGGCCAACUCCAAAGUGGAGCCAAUCCCCUGGAACCAGGCUGAAGGGGACCUCACCCCAGACGAGGUGGUGGCCCUAGUGGGCCAGGGCCUGCAGGAGGGGGAGCGAGACUUCGGGGUCAAGACCCGGUCCAUCCUGUGCUGCAUGCGCCACGAGCCCAACUGGUCCCCUGAGGUGGUGGAGCUGUGUAAGAAGUACCAGCAGCAGACCGUGGUGGCCAUUGACCUGGCUGGAGACGAGACCAUCCAAGGAAGCAGCCUCUUCUCUGGACAUGUCCAGGCCUACGAGGAGGCUCUGAAGAGCGGCAUUCACCGUACUGUCCACGCCGGGGAGGUGGGCUCAGCCAAAGUGGUAAAAGAGGUGAGGACCUGGGCUGGCCAUGGGGUCCUUCCUGUUUCCUCCCAUACUUGGCUCCAUUCUGCUUCUCUACAGGCUGUGGACAUACUCAAGACAGAGCGGCUGGGACAUGGCUACCGCACCCUGGAAGACCAGGCCCUUUAUGACAGGCUGCGGCAGGCAAACAUGCACUUCGAGAUAUGCCCCUGGUCCAGCUACCUCACUGGUGCCUGGAAGCCGGACACGGAGCAUGCAGUCGUUCGUCUCAGAAAUGACCAGGCUAACUACUCACUCAACACAGAUGACCCACUCAUCUUCAAGUCCACCCUGGACACUGAUUACCAGAUGACCAAACGGGACAUGGGCUUUACUGAAGAGGAGUUUAAGAGGCUGAACAUCAAUGCAGCCAAGUCCAGUUUCCUCCCAGAAGAUGAGAAGAGGGAGCUUCUUGACCUCCUCUAUAAAGCCUAUGGGAUGACACCUUCAGCCUCUGCAGGGCAGCACCACUGAGGACGCCACUCCUCCAAGCCUUCACCCUGCGGAGUCACCCUAGCUCUGUGGUGCUGAGCAACAUUCUUAAAUGUAUUCCUUCCAAGAAGACCAUGAUCUCGAUGGUCAGUUACUGAUGCUCCUGAAGCCUGUGUGUCCAUUUCUGCAUACACGUGUACCUCGGCAUGGCUGCAUCACUUCUCUGAUCAUGUGCCCUGGACAGGGAUCAGCACCCUUGCACACGGGUAUGGUUGAAUCUAAACCCCUCCUUCUGUGGCAACUUGUACUGAAAAGCUGGUGCUCAAUAAAGAAGCCCAUGGCUGGUGUCAUGCA